UGAUUUGUUCCGUAGUGAGCGGCAGUUCCGGACUGAAACAUCAGCAGCAGCCAUUUUCCAAAGAAGUGUGCGUGUUUACAAGAGAGAAGUGGAUUUUUGUGUCCCUGCGAUAAUCAUUUUUAUUACCAAGUCGACGUAGCCGAAAAGGAAUAUCUAGAUAGCAAAAAUGGCUGGAGGAAAGGCUGGUAAGGAUUCCGGAAAAGCGAAAGCCAAAGCAGUUUCCCGGUCGGCCCGCGCCGGGCUUCAGUUCCCGGUCGGCAGAAUUCAUCGACACCUGAAGAACCGUACGACCAGCCAUGGGCGCGUCGGAGCAACGGCAGCCGUCUACUCCGCCGCUAUUCUGGAAUACCUGACAGCUGAGGUGCUCGAGUUGGCCGGCAACGCCUCCAAGGAUCUGAAGGUGAAACGUAUCACGCCCCGUCACUUGCAGCUCGCCAUCCGCGGAGACGAAGAAUUGGACAGUCUGAUCAAGGCGACGAUCGCCGGCGGUGGUGUCAUUCCGCACAUCCACAAAUCACUGAUCGGCAAAAAGGGUGGCCCCGAAUAACGUCCCUAAAUUUUGACUAAACAGAACAACAACAAAUGAUUAAAGACACAACACAAACCGCAACACGCGCCCCGAAGAGGACGAAGAAGAAGAAGAAGAUCAAGUCUAUACCACACAAACACAUAUAACAGAACAGCCACAAUGGAAAUACGAAGAACAGAAUAUUAACUGGGGUUGAUUGUGCCAACGGAUCAACCGGAGAGAUGAGAAAGCAUUAAUUUUACUAUAGAAUCGCGUAGACAGAGAAGAAACAUUACAAAGAUAAUCUAUAUCUUAGUAGAAAUAAUAACGUCUACAUGACGAUAACAACUGAAUCGAAUAGUUUCGUUUGCUAUGAGUUUUAGCAUCAGUUUUUAAUACAAUUAACUACAAUUUGUUUUUCUUUUCUACAUCCACUCUUCUGCCCUGUAUCCAGACUAGAAAGGCUCGGACCGAAGCUCGGAGCCUUUCUAAUCUGGGCUACUUGUAUUCCGAGUAGCACGAUUCUCUAUAUAUUGUUUCUUUUAUCCACGUUCUGCAGUUGAUUUCGUGUAACACACACACCCGCCUUUUUAAAGAAAUAAUUUUUGUGUUUUUUUUUUCUCCUUUCUGUUCCCGGGGCCGAGGUGUCAGCUCAGCAAACAACAACAGCAAGUCGUCGUCGUGUUUAACUAAUUUUUAACGCAAAUUGAGAGAGAAAACUAAAAUGAGAGAAAAAUCUAAAAGAAACCCUAGAGAGUACAUAAGUUAAGUGCGUUUUUCUUAUUAUAUUUUCGAUGAAAAAUAAUAAAAUUUUACUAUUAAGAAAAC